CAGCGGUCUCCUUUGCUGGCCUUUUGCUGCUGAACUGCAGAGGGGUGAAAGCUGGCCAGAAAAAAGCACGCAUUAGUUUAUGUUUUGUUCUGCACUAAUAUUUAUACAUAUAUGUGGAUUCAGUUCAGGAUGGCUAAAAGUAGCAAACAUAGCAAAGUUGCCUGCUGACCCUGAUGCCGCCACAUGGAUCCAGGUGGAAGUGAUCUGGAGUCAAGUCUGCCUCAGACUGAGAACCCCUGCCUUAUUGUCGAAGACUCUCAGCCUGAAAGUGUGGCCUUGGAAGACGACCCUGACAGCAGUUACCGUGCCCUGCUCUCCCGCCGCCUUUCCAACCUCCAGCCAACUUCCCACAGCCCGGUGCUGGAACUGAUUGCCUCUCCUUCUAAAGGCAGAUGCACUGAAAGUGACUGCCAGACUGAAAAGAGUAACAGUGUACCAGAGGCUGACCGUUGUCCAUCUAAUCCGAGUUCAGCAGCUGAAGAGCAGAGUCAAGUAUUUGAAGUUUGCUCCCUUCCUAAUACAAAAAGAAGUAACCAAGAGGCCAUGGAGUCUGGGGCUGAUUCCACCACUCACUGUGUACAAUCUGACGAGGGAAUGUCUCAGUUUGGCCUCCUGGAGCUGUCGGAGAGUCAGGGAGGAAAUAUCGAGAGAGAGAACAUAGAGAGUGAUGAUGAGGAUGUAGAGGAGACACCUGUCAACCUCCAACCAUCAAACAGCCAGAAAACAGCCAACCAAACUGGAUUGAAAAGCUCUUCUAGGGCAUCUGAUAGUCAAGAUGACAACUUUAGAAAGCCAGAGGUGAGCUCCAGCAGUGCCUCGGUGCCUCAGAGGAGAGAAGGCAGAGAGCUGAGUGUCCAUGCCAUACUCCACUCUCGGGUCUCUGAGGCUGAAGAGGCUGAAGACGAGGAACUUAUGUCAUCCCAGGAUGAUCUUUUUGAUGGAGAGAAAAAUGGCUCUAAGGUUGACAGCACAGUAGCAGUGAUUGAGAAUCAGCAGCAGCAGGACCCUACAUGCACGCCUGCUGACCUUUGUCUGCUGCAUCUGUCUGCUCAGGCAUCACUGGUGCAGGAGAGCCUUUCCCAGCAGUCUGUUGAUUUUGUGGCAGCCACACAAGAGGACCCGACUCAACCAGCGCUUAUUGUCCCUGAUUCACCCACAGGACAGGAAAAUGAGCAAGAUUUUAACGAGGCCACUGAACCAGCAAAGGAAACAUCUGGGAUGCAAAAUGACCAAGCACAAAAAGGGCAGGAAGAAAUAAUGGAUGUGGAUCCUGCCCCAAAGCCCACAGAGUCCAAUGUAGUAUCUCAGAAUUCCCCAAAUUUUGCCUUUGAGAAAAGCCUGUCCUUGCCAACACAGCCUGAACUUUCACAUGAUGUUUUUGUGCCUACACCAUCUUUGGAAUCUGGUGUCUGCAGUCCAGGUCCAGAGGCUUUGAAGAAAAAGGAAGCACCAAAAGAAAGUCUGUCUACAAUCAUCGACGCAGAAGCGUUAAAACAACCUGCUGGCAGCUCGUCUUCUCAAGUGUCUACAGGUUUCCAGUUGGAGCUGGACACUGAAAAUAGCGUUUUCGAUAAGAAAACUCAAGCUUUCCCUGUGGAUGAUGACAGUCAGGCCACACAGAUUGAGGAAAUUCAAGGGUCUGUAGGAGAGGGUGAGGAGGACUGUGGUGUCCCUGUGCAGCACGAUGAGAAAACGGACAAAAGCAGCAUGGAUUGUGGCCUUAAUAAUGCUGCUAAUGUACAAGGAAUUUCCCAGGGGCCUGACCUGAAAACCACAGAAAAUGAAGAAUGUUCCUCUCAAAAGUUGUCCUCACAGUCUUCAAAGGGGCAGAACAGGCAAAUAAAUGAUAGUGUGGCUAAAUCUCAGGAGAUUUCCAACACUCUAGCCUCUCAGAAGAUGAAUGAAAUGGAUUUGGGGAAAGAUCUGACGUUGAGUAGUUGCUCACAAAGCAAAGAACAGUCAGAGAAACCAACUAGCACAUCUCCUGUUCCAUCUCAGUCCCAAUCCCAAUCCGUCAUAUUUUCUCACAGGAGUCCUCCAGGUGAAGGAGAACAGGAAGCUGAUGGUGACCAAAGACCGAGCCAAUCCUUCUCUCAAAGUCACCAACCUAACUUGAGUAUCAGCAACACUAAGAAUGUUGAUGAGGAAGAUGAUGACAAAAUGGAUGAAGGGGCGGUACAGAGCACUAGCAGGAACGAAGGCCCUGGAUUCGACCUGACGCAUUCUCGGAGCCAGAUCGGUUCUCCGGAGCCGAUGGAGGACGAAGGGGAAGUCUCCCAACAUGCAGGCAGCAAGGACGAGGAGAGCCUCAGUGUCAUAGUCCUAGAGGAGAGUGAGAGAGUCUCUCAGGAGCGACAGAGUAUUGAGAGGUCACCGGUGUUCAGAAGUUCCUCACAGCCUCUCGUUGUCUCCCCGAAGGAGAAAUUUAAGCCUGGCAAAAAGCCAGGCUCCCAGCCAAACAGCUCAGGCCAGAGUUUGCAGGUGGCCACAAAAACUGGUGCCAAUAACACACAAGCUAGUGAUGGAGCACCCAGUGGAGGAUCACAAGUCCUGAAUACAGCCAACAAAAGCCUGAGUGACAGCUCUGGAGAUCUUCCAUUCCACUUCACACUUCCCAGAGAAGGAGAGCUGAUUGGGCCUUCAGCGAGCGCAACUCCUCCACACGUCAGGCAGCUAAAGAACACACCGCUCCACAGCACACCUAUCGAAACUAGUAUAUUCCGUGAGAGGACCAAGGCCGACGCCACCCGCGAGACGACAAUGGCUGCCAGCGAGAUCUCUGUCGAGGAGAGUGGUGAAGGAGAGGAGCUGGCAGCACAGGGGGGUGAUGGGAAACUAAGUCUCCGAAUGAAGGUGGUGACUCCCGUAGAAGAUGGCAGCUCAGGGUCUGAGCGUUUCAGCCUACAAAAACCGUCCUUAUCAGACGAGGAAGGCACAGUUUCCAAGGCUACCGCUGUUGCCAAGGCUGUAACCAGCCCUCAAUCCAUCUUUACUCGUGUCCGUGAGGUUCACAAGCAGCUACAGGUGGAGGAUGAAGAGAAGGAGCCCAGUGAUCUGUCAGUCAGAGCUACUAGACCACGGAGUCAAACUGACCUCCUGAACAGCGAGAACCCCGAUUCCGCUCCUGGGCCAGUAGGUAAUGGUACACCAGGGCAGUCGUUACAGCAGACCAACGGCACUGCCAUGCACUCAGAGCCUCUGGCUGCGGUACAGUCCUCCACAGCUAAAGAGCAUGAAGCUCCUAGCACUUCUGGGCAGUCACCUCACAAGUCACUCAUAAGCCAGAGAGCUGUGUCUCAGCAAUCCAUCAUGGACUUGUCCUCGAAAGCAAGUCCUCUCAGCAAAAGAGCCGUAUCCCAGCAGACCAGCUUUGAUGCGUCUGGACCACAGCUCCCAUCAGGCAGGGGCGAGCCAGUCACUCCGAGCCGCUCACAAUCGGGUCCUUCUCACCGCAGACACGUCCGCACCAUUCAAGAAGUGCGCACUACUAUCACUCGCAUUAUUACUGACGUGUAUUACGAAGAUGGCAGGGAGGUGGACCGUAAGGUUGUUGAGGAGACUGAGGAGCCAGUGGUGGAUCGCUGUGUCAUGGACAGCGACAUUUCUCCCUCACGUACCGGAAGCUCCAUGACCUCAGGAGACCUGGCUGAUGUGAGCUCGCUUUCGUCCAAGGCCGCGUCUCACUUCAGCUCCAGCGGGACCAGCAGUGGAGGUCCAGCUCCCAGCAGGUUGACCGACUUCAUCAUGCCUUCCAACCGAGGAGCGAAGCCUGGCAGCCCCAGGCGAGGGGGUAGACAGGUAGUGGGGUCAGAGCUAACAGGUGUUUGGGGUUCUCUGUCCACUGCCCCGCUGAGCCCCAGAGGCCACGGGCGUCGAGGAAGACCCCCCUCACGUGGUCCACUGUCCAGAGGUGGAAGGUCAGCUCAGAGAGGAGGUGCUCACGGCCCAACCGUGUCUUCGUCAGAAGACGAGCAUCUCGCUCGUACAAAUGCCCGCGUCCCCUCUAGUCGUUUGGAUGCACUGAACACCACGUCCCCUGAGAACAGUGCAGGGAGCGGCAGCAGCUUCGUUGGACUGCGUGUGAUGGCCAAGUGGUCAUCCAAUUCAUUUUUCUACUCUGGGACCAUUACUCGGGACCUGGGAGAGAACCGCUUUCGCCUACUGUUUGACGACAAUCAGGAGUGUGAGGCACAGGGGAAGGACAUCCUGCUGUGUGAUCCCAUUCCGCUGGAGGCCGAGGUCACGGCCCUGACUGAGGAGGAGUACUUUAACACAGGUAUAGUGAAGGCACACAAACGCCAAGGUGCCGAGUUGCUGUACUGCGUAGAGAAAGAUGGACAGAGCACAUGGUACUGCAGGACUGCAGUGAUCCUCACCAUGGAGCAGGGAAGCCGCCUGAGGGAACAAUAUGGCCUCGGGCCUUACGAACCUUCUACGCCUCAGAACAUGGCAUCCGAUAUCAGCCUCGAUAACCUUGUAGAAGGAAAACGGCGGCGUCGCGGAAAUGGGACUGGGCCGGGAACACCAAACAGCAGCUCCACAAACAGCCCAAAAACCCCAGCCAAAAGGAAACUUACAAGCUCCACAGAGGACGAGAAGACACCAGCGAAGAGAGGGCGCAGAGUGGGUGGGGCCAGAUUGGGUUUGAAAAUGGCUCCAUGUGACACCUCUGGGAGUGGAGCUGAGCUGCCUUCUGACCCCAGUGACCACCUGGUGAUGCACGGCCCUCUUCCUGAGAGCACGUCCCUCUUUAUGGGCUUUGUCUUCAUGCUCACUGCAUCCUCUGACAACGACAUGAAGUCUAACCAGACUACCAGCGAUGGAGAAGAAGAAUAUGUACCGACAGCUCCAUAUAACAAGCAGUACACUAAGAGGCAGUUGGAGGCUGGUGGAGGAAUGAUUCUGCCUGAAUUCAAUGAAGAACAAUGUAAAGCAGCGUACCAGAGCCUGUUGAUUGCUGAUAAGCAUUGCCGUACGGAGACGUACCUGCUGUGUGUGGCAGGUGGAGUUCCCUGUGUGUCUCAGAUCUGGGUGCGAGACUGCUGUCAAGAGAAGAAGCUGAUGAACUACAGGAACUACCUGCUCCCUGCUGGAGUGGGGCCUGAGCAACGAAUUAUAGAAUGGCAUGUGCGCUGUACCCCUUUCAAAGCGUUGAAGGUCCUGCUGGUUUCAGAAGAACGUGUGGAUUUGUGGACUUCCUUGCUCACCAUGUGUGGCUCCGCAAAGGUUCAGCAGCAUAAAAUAAGCAACAACAGUUCUGAUACUUCAGUAGAGGGAUUUGACUUGGUGGUGUCUGCGUCUCCGUGUCCUGAAGAGGUGCUGAAGUGUGUGAUGGCCACAAACACUCCGGUGGUGUCUCUGGAGUGGCUGGUUCAGUGUGUGAUCUGUGGAGAACGUCUGGCUUACAGCAGUCAGCCUGAGUAUAAUCAUGAUUACUCUUCUUAGGCUCUGUCACUUCUGUGUUUUUUUAACGUCCUGUACUGUUUUAGCACCUGCCUGCUUUUACUGUAUAUAGUUUUAAAACUGUUUUUGACAUAAUAAACUGUGUGUCUCCUUUU